GGCAACGCGCUGGGGGCGGGGCUAUUGCGUCACUGAGGUGCGACAGGGUCGUGGGCUGAGCCAGGAAGGCCACAGCCCGUGGGUUCGAGCGGCGGGCUGAGGCAGGCGCUGGUUACGCCGAAAGUGCGAUGUCUUGAACCUGGGAAACUAUGUGAAGCAACACUUUUUCUGGAUUUCAGAAGAUAUCAUUUCAUCAUGGGACAGCAAAUUUCGGAUCAGACGCAGUUGGUUCUUAACAAGUUACCAGAAAAAGUUGUAAAACAUGUCACACUAGUUCGAGAAAGUGGCUCCUUAACUUAUGAAGAAUUUCUUGGGAGAGUAGCUGAACUUAAUGACGUAACUGCUAAAGUGGCUUCUGGCCAGGAAAAACAUCUUCUCUUUGAGGUACAACCUGGGUCUGAUUCCUCUGCCUUUUGGAAAGUGGUUGUACGGGUGGUUUGUACCAAGAUUAACAAAAGCAGUGGCAUUGUAGAAGCAUCACGGAUCAUGAAUUUGUACCAGUUUAUUCAACUUUAUAAAGAUAUCACAAGUCAAGCAGCAGGAGUAUUGGCACAGAGCUCCACUUCUGAAGAUCCUGAUGAAAACUCAUCAUCUGUGACAUCUUGUCAGGCUAGUCUUUGGAUGGGAAGGGUGAAGCAGCUGACUGAUGAAGAGGAGUGUUGUAUCUGUAUGGAUGGUCGAGCUGACCUCAUCCUUCCUUGUGCUCACAACUUUUGUCAAAAGUGCAUUGAUAAAUGGAGUGAUCGACAUAGGAAUUGCCCUAUUUGUCGCCUGCAGAUGACUGGAGCAAAUGAAUCUUGGGUGGUGUCAGAUGCACCCACUGAAGAUGAUAUGGCUAACUAUAUUCUUAACAUGGCUGAUGAGGCAGGCCAGCCCCAUAGGCCAUGACCUUCGAGUGUAGUGUUCUGUUGCUAUUGUGGGCCACAAACACUUUGGUCAUGGGGGAAGAAUGCAGGGAUGUUGUGGCACAGGCACAGAGAAAUCAAUUUUCCCCACCCUCUUAUUUCUGCUAUUCUGACAGUUUGUCUUCUUUCUUUUGAUAAAUUUUUCAUGUCUUCCAUUUAUGGUAAACUAAAAUUUGCUAAUGUUUCGAACCAUAUUUUCCUAUUAUUUAUCUGUUCUAAUAUACAUUAGAACUAAUUGCUCUUGAAUCCUUUGCUGAGGUAAUAGUGACAUUCCCAGAGGCUUCUGAAACACUACUAAAUUUCAGGAUAGGAGUAUUCUGGAAUCUGUUUAGUUAGGUUUAAAAUAAACCUUGAAUGUUAAAAAGUUGUAGCCAUCUGAGAGAAAAUUUUAAAUGACUGAAAAUGUAGACUACAUCAAAGUGUGUGUUACUACUUAAAUUAGUCUUCCUGCUGGAAUCUAGGAGUAUGUAUGCCCUCUUGUGGUUAAUUAGUGCUCCUUUAAUAAUUUUUACUUGAAAUGAUCAAAUGAUCCACAGUUAUUUCAUAACUUUAGCAGUGUGUUUGGAACUACAUGUUCUUUACUUAAAAGCCUUUCCCCACCACCCCAUGCCCCCCAAUGCUUUAUAAUUUGGGUGAGGAUUGUAAGUUGGGCAAGACUUUGCCUUAUAAAUGGAUUUCUGUUUGGGAGAAUCUUCUUGGCUGUUCUAGAAAUGCUUUCCCACAGCUGGGAGACUAUUCUAAAUAGCUUUUGAUAAUGCUCAUGCAUCUUGGAGUUUCAGAAGGAAAUUUUUCAUCACAGAUCCUAAACUUUAUAUGUCCAAAUUAUGAAAAGUCAUUCAAUAUUGGUUUAUGGUGCUUUUAUUUUCUGAACUUGAAGGCAUCUUUCUGAGGUAAAAUCCUCAAACUUCUUAGAUUUAGAAUAAAAUAGGAUGUAGCCUUUUAACCAUAUGUACAUAAAACAUCUCUGAAAAUUAGGAGAUAAUUUGGCUUUCUUGCUGUUUUCCUCUACUUCCUUUGAAAUACUUCGAAAGAUGGAAUUAUAAUGUUCACUAAUAGCACUUCAACCAUUUUUUAAAAUUUUUCUGUCAAUUCGUUUUAUGUUAAACAUUAAUAUUUCAGCAUAUAAUAAAACUAGGGCCUGAUGUCUCCUUUUAAAAAUACAUUAACAUUCCAUGUAACUUUUCUGACUAUUGGUAAAUUGCAAAUAUUAUUAUUUUCCAAAGUACCAAAGUAUACGAUUUAAGUGGCAGAAUUUUUGGAUACUAGGAUUUUAAUAGGUGUGCAAAUUAAAUAAUUCAUUUCUAGGAAAAAUGUCUGACCAAAGGUAGCUUGAUUUCCCCCAAAAUACUGAUAACUAAUUGGUUGACAUUCAUGAUGAGGGCAGUACCAAGUAGCUACUCACUCACUAAGGGUGUUUAUGUAGAGAGUAUGGGAGCUCUAUCAUAUCAACCUGGCAAUGCACUUUAUGUUUGUGUGACAUUGAGAAUAUCCUUUCCUCUGGUUUGUAGGUUAAUACUUUAGACACUGAGACUUUAUCAGCAGUUUUCACACUUUAUUUCAGAAGUAGAAUCUUUAUCCAAGCAAAAUCUGACUCGUAACCCCUAUAUACAUGUGUUGCACACGUGUGCAUGUGUGCACACACACCUUAUACCACUAUAUCAAAGUCACAUUUUAUUGGUAUAAAUUUAUUUAUAUAAACUUCAUAUAAUACUAAAUAUUAUAAAGUCAGCCAAUGAAAACAAGUAUUAAUGCAUUGAUGAUAUCCAAAGUGAUAUCCAGUAUAUUAGAAUUUGGUAAAACAGUUGUAUGAUGGGAUUUGUUUUUUUUUUUUUAAUUUUUUUUUUUUCCCCAAAAAAAAAAAAUGUUUUUUAACUAAAUUCAAGUCAAAUUUGCAAAACCUUGAUUCUCCUCCAUGGAUUGUUAAUAUUCCAUGAACAUAUUUUGAAAACCUUAGGAUAAAUGAUUCUCUGAGAUCUUUUACAGCUCUAAGAUUUUAAAUUGUCCUUUUGGUUAGAUUUGCUGAGUCUAAUUCAGAUUGCUUAAUGUAAGAAUGUUUCUAAAAAUGAACAAAGUUGCUUUACAGGUUUUUAGCCAAUGAUUUUAUCCUUCAGAAUCCUUCACCUCUUGAGGAAUUAUUUAACAGUGAGCACAGUAACUUGAUAUUGCCCAAACCUUUCUAUUUUCUAAUAUGAGCUCCAAGACACUAACUGAAUCUACUGUGAAAUAGAAAAUGUUUUUUAUUAGCCUUAUCUAAUAAAUGAGCACAGGUUUUUGCUCACUCCGUUAAACUGGGUGAUAAUUCUUUAGAUGUGAAUGUUAGGUUAUGUUGUAAUAACUAAUCGUAAAAGUUGUAAAUUUGUUUAAUGGAUGAAAUGUACACUUUUUGUAUUCUGUACAGCUUUGUCUUUUUUAAUUAUGAAGUACUUAAAUGCACUUACUAUAAUAGGAAAUAUAUAAUGUGUGCCUUCUAGGAUUUGUGAAAUGGUUUCAUGAACUAUAAGGAAUUUGUUUUAUAAGUUAUGAAGUUUUCCAUAUCCUAACUCAGUAACAUAAGAGGUUAACUCAUCUUAUAAUGCUACAGAACUUUAGUUUAAGAAAAUGGCUUUGACUACUGAAUUCAGAAAUUGAGAAUAACAUUAUCUGUUUUAGUCUUAGGGUAAACUGAUAUAUUGUGCAAUAAAUAAUCUUUAGCAAGUAAAUUUUAGUUAAUUGAAGAGAUUUUUUUUAUGUGAUUUUACAUUCUUAAAUACUAAAUGUUUAUAUUCUUUAGAAGAGUAUUUUCUAUUGUGCUCUGGGGGUUGUGAUGUUUGUGUGCUGUGUUUUAAAAUUCAUUUCAAAUGGGAUUUGAUUUCCUUAUAUCUAAUAUAUACCUGAUUAAUAAGGCUGCUUGAAAAUAUCAUUUGAUUCAGUGGUUUUUAACAUGAGAAGUUGGAGUCAUUAAAAGGCAGUCUGAAGAA